AUGAAUUGGAUAGUAUUAUCCGUUAUUAUCCAGGUAUUUUUCACUUGUGUCCGGGCGAGUGACAAAGUGUUUUGGUAUGAAAGUGGGGCCGCGGAUGGCAUGAAUGAAGCCGUGCCUAUCGGUAACGGUCGUGUAGGUGGACUUCUUUAUGGACACCCGGAAAAAGAGAAAAUAAUUGUAAAUGAAAUCACUUUAUGGACGGGCGAUGACAACCCGUCCCAAGUGUGGGGCGGACCAGGUUUUGGCGAUUACCAGACUUUGGGUAAUCUUACCAUUGAUUUACCGCAACAUAAGGACAACACUCACUACAAGCGGGCGCUGGAUAUCGGGGACGCCGUCGCCACCGUUGAGUACGAGUCACACGGAGUUCAAUACAAACGAGAAGUCUUCGUGAGUCACCCCUCGGAGGUUAUGGUCAUCCGGUUGACCGCCAAUAAGGGACAGUCAUAUACCGGACACAUAGAGCUCCAGGAUUCGCAUAAAGUGGGCGCUCAUGCGUCUAACAACACGAUAGCCAUCGACGGGAAACUACAAAAUGGGUUGAGGUUUGCGUGGGAGGUGUCGAUCCACAACACGGGCGGGAGUCUCAAAGUGAACGGUGCGCUCAUUGAGUUCAAUGGGUGCGACUCAUUGACGCUAAUAGUGAGCGCCGGCACUGACUAUGUGUUCGACGACUCGAAA